AAGUGAGCACGUUUUACGCCUGUCCUGUGUAUUGUUUAUUUACGUGAAGGAGGUUAUUUAUUAUCAAAUUAUUUGAAGUACCUGUUUAAUUUACUCAAAUUUAAUCUAAUACAGCCUGUUUGAAAAAACCGUAGUAGGAUAUAAAAAAAUGGGGAAGCAACGUAAAACAAGAAAGAUUGUUGAAAAAAGAUUUGCAAAAAUGAAAAAGCUUAUAAGUCCGAGUGAUCCACGCAUAAAGGCAAGCGAGCGUUCAGAUCCAAAAAAGAAGAAACCAACUGAUCCACAUGAAAUGAAAAUUCGUGAAGUUCCACAAGCGAGUUCGGCUUUGUUUUUUCAGUAUAAUACGCAAUUAGGUCCUCCCUACCAUAUUCUCGUUGAUACUAAUUUUAUAAAUUUUUCAAUUAAAAACAAAUUGGAUAUUGUGCAGAAUAUGAUGGAUUGCUUAUAUGCAAAAUGUGUCCCAUAUAUUACGGACUGCGUUUUAGGUGAAUUAGAAAAAUUAGGUAGAAAGUAUCGUGUGGCCCUAAGAAUAAUAAAGGACCCUCGAUUUGAAAGAAUAGCUUGCCUUCAUAAAGGCACAUAUGCUGAUGAUUGUAUUGUUCAAAGAGUUACACAACAUAAGUGUUAUAUAGUAGCAACUAAUGACAAAGAUUUGAAAAGAAGAAUUAGGAAAAUACCUGGAGUUCCUAUAAUGUAUGUGGCUCAACAUAAAUACACAAUUGAAAGAAUGCCUGAUGCAUAUGGUGCCCCUAAGGGAGCUAUUUAGAUGUUAAGGAAUAGUACACUUAAAUUAAAAUAAUAAUAAAUAACAUAUAUUUUAUUCUAAGUCUCUAAUAAUAUAACCCUUUGUAUAUAGUUUUUGCUAAAUGACAUUUUUAAAAUUGUUGUUUGACCUAUAUUUUAUGGGAUUUUGUUUUAAAAGCUUGCGUGCAACUAAAAAUAAUGAAUUAUUUUUUUAGAAAUGAAUUACUAAUUCUGUGGAGUCUAGUAACUGGCAUUACAAGUUUGGGUUUGUUGGUAGUAUUUAAAGUAUGAAUAUUCUUGUUUUUAUCAAAACUUUGUUCAUCACCAAAGCGGGGUAUCAAUCAUAUUAUUGAGGAAACAGUUCACACAAUUGUUCCAUAGUGGCUCUUGCAGUGUGGGAAGUGGGACCAUCCUGCUGAAACCACGUCCGUGAACUGUAGGCAGGAUGUUCUCAAAGCUAGUGUAUAAAAUAACUGGAUAACAUUUGCCUAUAUGCCUCACUAGUAGUAGUUACCGUAUCACCUCUCACAUUUUAAAAAAAACACGGACCAGUUAUUCUGUUUUCCGACAGAGCGCACCACACAUUAUUGGGCUAUGCAGCAGUGUUUGAUGUUUUUGUCUGGGAUUAACAGGUGACCAGAAACGAUAAUUUGUUUUAUUCACAUAUCCAUUUAAAUGAAAAUGUGCUUCAUCACUCCAAAACACAUUAUUCAAAGUGCAAAAUCUCUUAAUGACUGUCUGGCAAAAACAUGCACAUAAAUUGUGGUCAUUUUCCGUUUCCGGUCAUUUCCCUGCACUAUUUGGAUUUUAUUGGGAUAGAAUUUCAAAUUGUACUUCCAAAAUCCACUCUACGGUUGAUUUGGUGUAUUGAUAAGCGCGGAUUGUGACGAACGCUAGCAGCAACUUCGUUUAUUGCUUCUUCCAUCCUUGAAGUUCUGCUCGGGCCCGGUCGUGGUUGAUUUGUAGUGGAAGCAAUUGCUUGAAACUUCUGUACCCUUAACGAAUCAAGUUUUUGCUUAGUCCAUCUCGUAAACGUCUAACAUUGUAGUGGGAACAAUACUACCUCUGUGUUCACUCAAGUUAUAAUAUACGUAUUAAGUAAUCAUCAGCCUGUGGCAGUCCACUACUGGACAUAGGCCUCGGGUCUUCGGCUAUACACGUCCAAUUCCUACCUUGCGAAGAUUGUUGCUCCAUUUAGUCAGGGGGCAUCCCACAUUAUGUCCUAGACGCGGUCUCUACUCUGUAAUACGUCUGCUACACCAGUCGUCACUUUUAAAAAGUCCAAUGCCACUUCAGCUUUAAACAUGGAAGGGUGUGUCGGUAAUGUUGGUUCCUCAGCAGAUUUAUUCAUCACGAGUUUUAUCCACCACAGAAAUUCCUUAUAAAUAUCAAAUAAUAAUUGAUAUAUAAAAUAUAAUUUAUAUUGGUAAAUAGUAUAAAAACAAUUUUCAAAUACUUGACACUGGCAAUAGUGUACUAAAUCCUUCGAGCCUACAACCAAAAGGAAAAAAUUGCAAUGGCGUUGGUAUAAAGUAUGUAUUAUAAUCACUACAUUUUAAUAUAAGUUUUAGUUACUAUGUAAACAUAGUUAUCUAUAGCAUAAAGGGUUUAUUUGACACAAAAUGAGAAAGUUAAAAGUUAUUGAGUAACAAAAACAAGUUAACACAGUUCAUAUGUUUAUAAUUUGUAGAAUUAGACUUACAAUAUAUACCUAAUAUUAUACAAGUAAUAAUAGAGAAUUUCAUCCAAAAAUAAAUUUUCAUCCUAAUUGUUGGAUAACCAUUUUCAGAGUAGAAUCAGGAAAUAGGCGAUAUUUUACUUCCAUGCUUUGGAUGCCACUGCAUAUAGGACUGUCACAUACUUAUUUAAAGAAAUAUAUCAUAAUUGCAUCAAAACCACCACAAUGCAAAAGUAAAUCUCUUCUAUAUGACAACGACUGGCAAACACUAUUUUUUAUAAUUACUAAAGAAUAUAGGGUCACUACAAAAGCAAAAGUUCCACCCCUCUAGAAGUGUUUCAAUAAUGUAGGCUGUUGCAGUGCUCCUUUUUGUCCAACCCAGAAAAAAUAUUGGCUAUGCUUAUGCAACUAGAAAUAGAAACAAAUUUACAUGAAGGAUAGUAUAUCUAGUGUAAUAAUUUGUUUUGUUUCACAAAAGUAUUGGCUAGAUCUGACAUUCGAACCCAGGACCUGUUACUUAUUAAUCAGACAUUCUGGCUUGAAAGCAAUUUGAAUAUGAGAUCGCUAUUAUAAUGUACGAUCUAAAACAUAACAAAGACAAUACUAGAUGGUGUUAUUUAAUGCGCCCGGCGAACCAACGACAUCAAUUAUUUCACUAAGAGGUUUCACAUCUCCAUCACCUGACGUAUUGCAAAUUGACGGUGGGAUUGUCAGUGUCUGGAAUGAAAACCAGUUUAAUUAAACAUUAAUAAUUAUAAGAGUAGUGUUACAACUACUAAAUUUUUUUAAAUAAUACAUAUAUUUAAUAAAUUUGGUCAUGGUUAAAAUAAAAAGAGCCGUGCAACGGCUGCUUGUUGUGUAACCUGAUUUCGUUAAAAGUUAGAAAAAUUUAUCAAGUGCGAUAAUGCACGGGGUAGUUGAAAACAUUUUUAUGUUCUGACUUGUCUAUAUAACAGGAAAAAAAUAAUUACCACACUC